CCCAGGUCCAUUUGAGCAUAGCUGGUUUUUGUCCCACGUCGAUAAUUUCGGUUUUGGCACGCAACUUGGUGUUGCUACGCUCCAUGGCUUGCUGGCAAACCUUGAGCCAGAAUUUUUGUUCCUCGGUCAGUGUCCAGGUCUGUGCACCAUAAGUGAGGAUGGGCAGAAGAUGGUACCUUUUGGGUACCAUCUGGGAGGAGGAGACGAGGCAAACCGCGUAAAAGACAGCGUAACGACAUAGAGGGAUUUCUGUGGGGGUGGCAUCACAUUGCACCCGAUAGAGAUCUAUAAAAGCAGAAAGAGGAGGCCUUUGCCCAGCAGUGGGGCACUUAAAAACAGGCUAUUAAAAAAAAGACAAUGUGUUGUAAUGUUAGUUAUGUCAAUGUCAACCAAUACAGAUAAACAACACAGAUAAAACUUGAGAAGGCGCGUUAAUAUAACUCUCUUUUUUAUAUUAGAUAAAAAGAUACUUUUCUUUGAAAUUAUCACUGUUUCUAAGAGUAUUAUAGUUUCAUGUACCUAACCGUCUCCUAAAAUGACAGCACUACAACCGAUCCAUGCUUUGAAUUUGGAUUCUGUUCAACAACAAGCAUUCAUUAAGUACUACCUUUCCCUACCUGAAAAACCACCAACUACAAUCAGAAUAUUCGACCGCAAUGAGUACUACAGUGUCCAUGGUGUGGACGCCACCACGGCGGCUAGAGAGGUCUUUUCCUCUAUAUCCAACAUAAAAAGUAUGGGUAUUAAACCCAACAAGUUGGAUUACCUCGUGCUCUCUAAAGGGAAUUUCGAAAUACUCAUCAAGAAAUUGCUAUUGGUGAGACGAUACAGAGUAGAAAUAUACGUAGCCGAAGGGUCAGUGAAAAGCAACGAGUGGACGUUGAAAUACAAAGGCUCGCCAGGAUACCUGUCCCAGUUGGAAGAGGUCCUCGGGGAGGGCCUCGGUGUUUCAGAAGAGAACUCCCCUUGUUUGAUGGCUGUGAACAUAAAAACAGAUCCAGUGACUAAGGGCCGGCUGCUGGGCGUCGCGUGCGUGUCCGUGUGCGAGUACGAGCUGUCGGCGGCGGAGUUCACCGACGACGACCUGCUCACUGGGCUGGAGACGCUCGUCGUGCAGACGGCGCCUUCGGAGUGUCUCGUCCCGACCGCUGAUAACGAUGACUACAAAGCUCUGCAGAAAGUGAUGGACCGCGCCAAUAUUACGUUGACCAAACUGAAAAAGAGCGAGUUUUCCACCGAAGGUCUGAUCCAGGACCUCAACCGGCUCCUCAAGUUUAAGGAGGGCCAAUCACAGGACGCCAAUUCAUUCCCUGAAACCAGUAAAGAAACGGCAAUGACUAGUCUGGCUGCAGCCGUCAAAUAUAUGUCGCUGUUAUCGGAUAAUACCAACUUUGGGAGGUUCCGCAUAAUCACGCUUCAGACGGAAUGUUUCCUGCACAUGGACGCAGCUGCGCUGUCGGCCCUCAAUGUGUUCCCUGAAUUGGGGGACAAUAGCAAUUCCCCUUCUAGAAGCUUGUACGGAUUUCUGGAUAGGUGUCGCACACAGCACGGGAAAAGACUGCUAGCCCAAUGGCUGCGUCAACCAUUACGCGACAUAAAUCUGAUAAACGAACGGCUGGACGUCGUAGAGCUACUGGUAAAUAGUUCUCAGCUGAGGUUGCAGCUCCACGACGACCAUCUCAGGAGGAUCCCGGACUUGCAGGCGUUGGCGAGGCGGCUGACGAGGAAGAAGGCGAAUUUACACGACUGCUAUAAGAUUUAUCAGGCGAUCAAACGGCUGCCAUCGCUGUUACAAUGCCUAGCCUCAGCCGAUAACGCGACCGUCCACUCAUCGUUGUCUGAGCCGAUAUCCGAACUCAGUGCAGAUCUGGACAAGUUCCAGCAGAUGGUAGAAGCUACCAUAGACAUGGAUGCUGUGGAUAGAGGCGACUUCCUCGUAAAGCCGUCGUUCGACGAUCAGCUGCAGAGCCUGAGCGACCAGCUGCAGCAGCUCCAGGCGGCCGCCGAGAAGGAGCUAAACAAGGCCGCUAGGGAUCUCAAUCUGGACGCCGGGAAAUCCAUCAAGCUUGAGACCAAUCCGCAAAACGGAUUCUAUUUUAGAGUAACAAUGAAAGAUGAGCAAAAUUUGCGCGGCAACAAGAAGUACACGAUAAUAGACGCUGUGAAAGGGGGCGUAAGGUUCAAAACUAAUGCUUUGGAAAAUAUCACUGAAGAUUACCUGCAAGCUAAAUCUACAUACGAAAAGGAACAGGACAAAGUUGUCGCUGAAAUUGUCGCUAUUGCAGCUGGAUAUUCGGAAAGCCUGUGCUGCCUAUCACAAAUGGUGUCCCGCCUGGACGUGCUGGUGUCGUUCGCGGUGGCGGCGGCGACGGCGCCGGCGCCCUACUGCCGGCCGCAGCUCACGCUCGGCGCCGACGAGCUGCUGCUGGAGGACUUGAGGCAUCCGUGUUUGGAGCUGCAGGAGGGCGUGUCCUACAUACCCAACGAUGUUGUGUUUAAACGAGGCGUAGGCACAACGCACAUAGUGACGGGCGCGAACAUGGGCGGCAAAUCCACGUGGAUGCGGUCGUGCGGUGUGGGUGUGGUGCUGGCGCACGCGGGCGCAAUGCUGCCAGCCAGCCGGGCACGCGUGCCGCGGCUGUCGGCGCUGGCCGCGCGCGCGGGCGCCGCGGACUGCGAGCGCCGCGCGCGCAGCACCUUCAUGCUGGAGAUGCUGGAGUGCGCGGCCAUACUGCGGACGGCGACGGCCGACUCGCUGGUGCUGGUGGACGAGCUGGGCCGCGGCACUUCCACAUACGAGGGCUGCGGCAUCGCCUGGGCCAUUGCCGAGGAGCUGGCGAUCAAAAGCAAAUGCUUCUGCCUGUUCGCGACCCACUACCACGAGCUGACCCGCCUCGCCGCCCUCCACCCCGGGGUCGUCGUCAACUCCCACGCGGAGGCCGCGCUGGCGGGCGGCCGGCUGCUGCUGCUGCACAGGAUCGCGUCCGGGCCGGCCUUGCAGUCUCUCGGACUACACGUGGCCAAGUUGGCCGGCCUCCCUGACUCGAUUAUUGAGUACGCUGAAGCCAAGCAAGCGCAGCUCGAAACGAACUUUUACGAAGUGGAAGCUGCUAUCCAAUCCGAAGAAACUUUAGAAGGUCAGAAACUUGUUAUUGAUUUUUUGCGGAAAUGCAAACAAAUCCAAGAAUCCAUACAAUCCGAUGAACAAAUGAUGAAAGAAAUUAAUAAACUUAAACAAGACUUGUUGAAACAAAACAAUAAAUAUGUUCAGUCUGUGAUAGCGUAAGUGAUUUUCGUUUUGUUAUGUCACCCACGCAUGUUAUGUGUCAACUAUGUUUUAUAAACUUUGAAUAAAAAUACUCUUCAUUACAAUAUUUUUUUUAAUCGUAAUUAUUAUAGUAGAUACAAUUGCUAAACGCAAGCGUUUAAUUACUAGCUACUAAGAACUAAUCUUCCGUGAGUGUUUUAAUGGGUACAAAGCUCACACUGAAAAUGUGUUUAUAGUACUUACAGCCUACUGCGGAACGUCUGUUGUACCCUUUAUGUUAUCCUAGCGGUGCAGUCGCUUCAUGACGAUGUCUCGUCUGUGUGCUGCCCUGCACAUGGCUGAGUAAAAGCGUGAACGCGAAAUUUUUACGUCAUUGGAUACCUUAUGGAGGUUUACGAGUUGCCGAAUGCGGUAAGGUAAGAGCUAAUUUAAAAUUUGUGAAACCUCGACCAUUUAUUUUAUAUUUCCUGAUUACUUCUAUUGUGACUGAAGGUAUGAAAGCCUUUCAUUAUUUUUUUCUUUCGUCAAUAUUUUCUUGUGGAGAUUUUAUUGGUAUCAAAUUCGUCAAGCUACUUAAAAGCUUCUGAUUCUCACUGUACAGCGAUUGAAGGGUGAUUUUGAAGCAAUUGUAACUUAUUUUAUGUUUACUACUAUGAGUACUCCUUAUUCCUAGUAUUUUCUUGUGAUAAUAGGCGUGUGGUUCCCGCCCUAGAACAGGAUAAACUAACAGGAUAAGCAACUAAAGGUUUAACAACUGGACAGCAACAUCAUUCUUAAAGAGAGUCACGCAUCCAAAUUUAAAGAUAUUUUACGCUGACCUUGGACUUCGAGGUGACACUGAUGUGAAUGCAACCGUGAAAAUGGGAGAGUGAGAGAGAUUUCCAGCAGUAGCCGUUUGCAACGUCAAUAAAAUUAGCAAGAAGGCUCUGAAAGAGUAUACCGCCAAAGAAAAGGUUGAUUAUAAACUUGUGUGUACAAUGGCAAACUACUCAAUUAAUGACCAUGACCCUCAGCCAUGAGGAAAUACGACUAUGAUGAAAUUUCGUUGUGUUCUCCUUUCCACUUUCCUAUAUUCCUUAUAUGAUCAGUUACCUGGCCGCGAACAACGAGUCCCUGGAGGAGUUGUAGUGGUGGUUCUACCAAUAUGGCCGACUGCUGGACUACACCUGGGACGAGCGCCUCAGCACACACCCCUUCAUGGACGUCAGGUCCAAGUACCAUAUCAAAUCUAGCGAGAUUUUCAAGAAGAUGUCCCGGGUAAGAACCGAGUUUGAAAAUGCGUAUAUGAGUUGACCUUUUUUUUUAACUAUGCAAUUGGAAGUUUUACACGCCGAACAGAGAUAGCGAAGUAGAUCGUGCCUACUACUAGUAUCCAUACUGAUGCUACAGAUUACAUAAUAUUUCCAGGACUAAUACAUAAUCUAUUCUUUAUCAAAUAUACUUACUUAUCUAUAUCAUUUUCUUGUUUUGUAUACAACUAAUUAGUACCUAUGUUGUACUCAUAAGUUCUUCUGUUUUGUUUUCGGCACUGUGUUGUCUAUAUCAAACAUGUUCUUUUUAUUGUAAAAUGUUUCUUAUAAUGACUGUUUGUGCCAAAAUAAGUAUAAAAAAAUACAUCUAUUCUUUUUCAAAGUUUGCAUAUCUUUUUAUAUAUAUACAAAUAUGUUCUGUAGAAUCGGCGUUGGUGUUUAUAUAUUUAGAAUAAUAUAAUAAUCUACACUGUAGGCUUACAUGUAAUGUACGCUUGUAGUGGGCCUUGCGAAGUUCGUAAUGAUUCUGAAUUAAUACUCCGGCCGAUUGAAGAACUAUUUUAUAGGUUUUUUCGAAAAACUUUUCAAGGUUUAUUUUUCUAAUUGUUGUCUCCUUUGAGCGUUUUCCCCGUUGCAUCCCAAACGUCGGAGCCCAGGGUCCGCUAAAAUUUGUACAAUUACAGAUACACGUUAUUGACGUCUAUUUUUGCAGCAAAUUACUUGAACAUCCUAUUUUGUUUUGUAGAUGUAACUUUCAUUAUUAAAAUACCUAUGAAUUGACUGGAGUAUACUCGCCUUAUUGAGAAACAAAUCUUUGCUGACACUUAUUUAGUUAAGUUUAGGUUCUGCUUCUCUUUUAAAAGAAGGAUAUUAAUCAUCGUACACAUUUUAACUAAAAUAGGUUUAGCAAGCCUUUUAUUUGAGUGAGUGGAAUGAAUGAUAUUACUUUGAUGAAAUAGCUCAUCGACUUAGACGAGUAACGUUUUUCAGCCGAAUAACAAAUCAAUGAAUUUUGCCUAAAUAUUUAUGGGUAAAAUGAAAAGCGUGAGGUUUUGGCUCGUGUCACUUUUUGAUGUGGAAUAGUAAGAUUAUGUAACUAACCAGUGAUAUGGUUUAAAUAUAAUUGUUGAUCAUUGUAUUAGUGAUAGUGGUGUUAUGUGAACAAAGUUUAAUGAAAAGGUCUAACUAUAA